GGACUCGGUUUCGGAAAACUAUGGCUGCCUCCAGUGGGAAAUUCGACUUGGGGAAAUCUAUUCAAGGUAUUUUAUAUCUUUUAAAUGUGAUUGACAAGAAGAGACUGGAACAUGAAAGAGUUUUGCAAGAUUACAGAAUCCUCUUCAAGCCAUGGCCUCUUAGAGGACAGACAGAAAAACUGGAAAGUGAUGAAAAAACUUCAAAAGUUCUAACAGAGCAAGGAGAACACAUAGAAGAUCAUUCCAUGUCUGAACAAGAGAAAGCAGAGGUGAGACUUUUGGAUACAAUGCUUCUCAAGGCUCAAGCUACAAGAGAUAAACAUUUAAAGACACAAGAAUCCAAACAAUCAACGUCAGACAAAAGUAGGGAGUCAAGGUCCAGUGAAAUUCACAAACCUCCACUUCCUCCUAUUAGAACAAAAUCCCCUGUUGUCUUAGCCACUUCUACUGUUACAAAGAAAGAAUUAAAAAGUUCUAAAUUGAAAACCAUUAGUCAGGUUGGUGAGGCUCAUGAGAGAAGUAGUGAAGGAAAUACAGAUACUGCUUUAAGUAACCUAGAAGAUUGUGCAGGCUCAGGUAUAGGUGUGAUUGAGCAAUCUAGACUCAAUGCACUUAUCGGAAUUAAUACAAAAGUGAGUAAAGGAAAAGAGGCAUACAAGUCUGCUCCUUUCAAAACAGAAAAUGUGAUAUCUAAAAGUCAAAAGACAAGAAUAAUACAGAGAUCUCAAGCCUUUAAGUCGAGGUCUGCUUCCGAGGAAAGGCAAAUGCCACCAACUAGUGCACCAAAGAGAGUGCCAAAUUCUUUGAAAUCUCAGCAACCAAAUGCAAAGGUAACAAGGCCUAAAUCAUUAGAAAGUAUAUUAUCACAAAAUAGGAAUGUGAAGGUGUCUUCAUCAUCAAGUAAGAAAGUUUCAAAAACAGCUGAGGUAACUGAAAAAGUUGUAAACAGUAUGUCACAGAAUAUUUCACAAUUGGGAGAAAGUUAUUUGAGUAUGGAAGGCCAGGUGAAGAGGACUACACUAAACCCAGUGGAACAAAACCAGCAACACCAGCCAAGAGAUAAGAACAGACAUAAAGAUCUUGAGAAAACAGUUGAUGAUGAACAGAAGCCAAAGCCUUUUUGCUUGGAACAGGAUGGUGCCUCUUUGAAUAUCCCAGUGAAGCUGAGAAGGUGCUACAUGAAUAAUGUUACAUUAAGAAAGAAGGUGACCUCUAAAAGAUUAUCCUCAGCAAACACACCAGACACAUCUGUGGAAAUGGAGUUUUUUCAAAAACUGGAAAUGAAGCUGUAUGAGAAACUGCCGGAGCCCCUUCAGAGGAUGAGUAGGAUGGAGCACACAUACCAAGAGCUGCAAUUACUGUUUCAACAUUUUAAUCUGGAGACAUUCUCAGAAAAUUCUCCUUGGGAAGAAGUUGCCAGAGCAACAAGAACUGUGGAACACAUCAUGAUGUCCUUCCAAGAACAAGAGCACGAGUUUACCAAAUUAUUUCCAGGAAGAGACAAAUUUGAGAAAGAGGCUGAGGAUCAAACUUUCAAAAUAAAUAAGAAAUCCCUGCUACCAAGUCAGCAUUGGAACCCAGGUUGUUUACCAUCUUCUAAUUACAAGUUAUGGUACAGCAGCGAAAGAGAUUUAAAAGACCAUGUAAGGCACAUCCACGAUGUUCAGGUCUAUAUGCACCAUCUUCAGUUUUUGGAGGCAGUGCAAGAACAGUUACUAUUCCUGGAUGCUGUGAACCAGGAUAAAAGGCAAUACUACGAGGCGUACAGAUCAGUGUAUUCUCUAUUGACAUCACAUGGCGAACAUUCACCAACACUGGUACAGGAUGUCUCAGAUUCAAGUGACCUUGAAAAUUGAUACUAACGUAAAGACAUUUAGUCUUAGACCGCAUUCACAACGAUUUGAGCUAGGCUUUACAAAUC